GGCAGGGAAAAAUCUGUGGGAAGAAAGUGCAGAAAGUCUACCUCAAAGUGACUCCUCAAGGCAUCACCCUCUAUGACAGUUGCACCAACAACUUCAUGGAAAACAUCUCCAUAUACAGAAUAUCCUACUGCGCGGUGGACAAAGUGCACGACAGAGUGUUUGCAUUUAUCGCCCAAAACACCCUCAACGGGACGUUGGAGUGCCACGCCUACCUGUGCUCCAAGAGGAAAGAGGCACAGGCUGUAGCCCUGACAGUAGCGCAGGCCUUUGGAGUAGCCUUUGAACUGUGGCAAGUCACCCGAGAAGGUAAGCCUUCGACUCCUUGCGGUAGACCCGUCCAACGGAGACAUGACAACAUGAGAGUCCUUAAAUAGUCGGCUGAUUACAUUGGUAGCAGGUGUGAGAGCUGGAGGGACGGCCCUCCUCUGCCA